GCUCAACCACUAAAACACUCGAGUAGUCUGAUGAAGUUGUAAAUAUAGUUUGCUUUGUUUGGAUCCUGUUUGCAUCAUCUUCUGUACUUGCACGAUCACUCCCUGGCGCCAGGGUGGGGUCACUCUGAAGCCACCCUGACCUGAAAGAUUACCUCUCGUUAAGACAGGGUGUGUGUGUAUUUGGGGGCUACCCCCACAUUUUGUGUUAGUGCGAUUGCCAUCAAUUAGAAGCUAGAGCUGUGUGUGCAGGUGGAAGUCUUCAAGAUGUUUUCUCUGGACUACAUCAGAAUAGUGCAGCAUCGCCUGCCUCUUCCUCCUCCUCCUUCGACGGUUUCCUGUGACACCUGUGCUGACGUCACGAGGUCACGGCUAUAACAGUCAGGUGCAGGCAGCGGACUCGCAGGUCGUGGUCACGCUGUGCAGUCCUUGCUUCGGUCACCUCUGACCUCCCUCUCUUUUCACAAGCGUUGGCCAAGCGGUGCUUCUGGAAAUUGUCGGCAAACUAGUCUAGUCGCUUCCAACAAUGAAACCAUCUCAGCAAAUUAUUGUGAUCUUUGUUGUUGUUGCAAGGCUGAGCAUCCCGACACGCGCUGUCAGCUGCUCUCAGAUCGUCGAGUGUCAUCAGCAACACAAUGUCAGUCAGCUCUCUGAAGACGACCCACAAGAAUCCUGCAGAAUUCUCCUGGACUCUGCCAGUUGCAUUGACGAGGCGCUGGCCGACUGCCGAACUCGCCCGGAGACGAAGGUGAAGGCCGACGAACUGGAGGCCCGGAUGAAGACCAUCAAGGACGCCUUGAGUGAAAAGUGCGUCACGUCCGUUGCUGUGCCGUUGUCAGCUACGACCAUCGUAGUGCUGCUGCAUUGCUCCGUCAUCUUGCUGGCGUCACCUUAACGUCCUGUUGGAUUCUUUUUUUUUUUUUUUUUUCAUUCAUUUCUAUCCAACUAUCCAUUCGCUAAAGUUUACCAGUAAGGAAACUUCUUUCAAAGUUUAUGACUAUACUAAGUCGCAAAAUCAGAAUUUUCAUUCCGAAGUCUUUAAACAUGAAUAUUUUCAUCUGUGCGCUGAAAGAGAUAAAUAACAUUUGUCACAACACACUUUAUGCAACACACAGGAAGUAUGUGAUAAUGCGUGUUCUUUUUCCCAACAAAACACAAAGAUCUGUCAGUGAGCCUACCCAUGACCUUUAUGCUUAGCCUCAAGCUAAAGUUGUAAAUUUCUUCUUGGAUUUUCAUUCUUCGUUUCAAGUGAAUGUGAAAACACCAGGAG